UCCUUCUUCUUGUGACAUUGAAUACUACCCCAUUUGCAUUUUGGCAAAGAGCUGCUGAGUUUAGAUCAUAGAUGGAAUGUGACAGUCCCUGUCAUCUGUGAAGAGGACAGACUAAUUGGAAAGAUCCAGAGAGGGUUCACUAAAUUGUGCUCUACUACGGACUAAAUUGGGCAGAGACAAGAGACAGGUACAGUGAAGCAACAGGUAGAAGUGACAGGUUCACAGAGCGGAGUUUCAAGUCAGCAAGGAGAUUGUACAUCAAGAUCAAGAACAAGAUCAGGUCUAGCUGACAUGUCAGGGCUGGAGAAAUGGAUGUUCCUGGUUCUGUCUGUCACCGAGUUCAUUCUGGGGAUGCUGGGGAAUGGGUUCAUAGUGUUGGCCAAUGGCAGCAGCUGGUUCAAAAACAAGACAGUCUCUCUGUCUGACUUCAUCAUCACUAACCUUGCUCUCUCUAGGAUCGUUCUCCUGUGGAUUCUCUUGGCUGACGGUGUUUUAAUGGUGUUCUCUUCCAAAGUACGUAAUGAAGGGAUAGUGAUGCAAAUUAUCGAUAUUUUCUGGACAUUUACAAACCACCUGAGCAUUUGGCUCACCACCUGUCUCAGUGUCCUCUACUGCCUGAAAAUUGCCAGUUUCUCCCAUCCUGCAUUCCUCUGGCUCAAGUGGAGAGUUUCCAGGGUGGUCGUAUGCAUGAUUUUGGUUGCCCUGUUCUUAUCGUGUGUGAGUGCCCUAUCUCUGAUCCAGGAAUUUAAGAUCUAUUCCGUUCUCAGGGGGGUCGAUUUCACAGGGAAUGUGACCGAGCACUUUAGAAAGAAAAGAAAUGAAUACAAAGUGUUCCAUGUUCUUGGGACUCUGUGGAACCUCCCUCCCCUAAUUGUGUCUGUGGCCUCGUACUUUGUGCUCAUCCUCUCCCUGGGGAGACACGUGCAGCAGCUGCAGCAAAGAAGCAUCAGCUCCAGAGAUCCAAGCACCGAGGCCCACCAGAGAGCCAUCAAAAUCAUCGUCUCCUUCCUCUUUCUCUUCCUGCUUUACUUUUUGGCCUUUCUGAUUACAUCCUGCAGUUAUUUCAUACCAGGAACUGAGAUGGUCAUUAUGAUCGGAGAAGCAGUUACAAUGUUUUAUCCUGCUGGCCACUCAUUGAUUCUCAUUCUGGGAAACAACAAGCUGAAGCAGACGUUUGUGGAGAUGCUUUGGUGUGAGUCUGGCCUUCCGAAGCCUGGAUUCAAAGGACCUUUUGCCCCCUAGAGUGACCGAGGGCACAGACGAGAGCCUGGGAGUCCUUUAGUCUGGCUCAAGGCUAAGGGCUCUCCUGAUCCUUCCGUGGCA